GUGAGUUUGAUGGUAGCACAGAAUUCCAGUUUUAGCAAUAAUGGGGGACAAAAAGUUGGGGAGGUCGCCGACAAUGAAGGCGAUCUUCCUCCUUAGCCUGGUAUUUGCACUCGGUUUCUCCCAGGGUGCUGCUAUUUUUGAUGAAUCCCGUGCAGAUGGUGAUGGCGUGGAGGAUGACUUGUCCACUUACAUUAUCCAUGUCAAAGCACCAGAAGAUCAGGUGGCUUCCCUAGUAGAUGAUCUCGAGUCAUGGUACCAGUCAUUCUUGCCCCCAUCCCUGGUAAGCGAAGUAGAUCGCAUAGUCUAUUCCUAUAAGAACGUGAUUACAGGCUUUGCAGCGAAGCUCACCCCGCUUGAGGCCAAGGCCCUGGAGUUGAUAGAGGGGGUCCUGUUCGCAAACAAGGAGGAAAUGCUCCCUCUGCACACGACCUACACGCCCGCUUUCUUGGGCCUGAACCAAAGUGCAGGGCUGUUGAAAGACGGAAAUCUUGGUAAGGGCAUGAUCAUCGGAGUUCUGGACUCAGGAAUUAAUCCCGAUCAUCCUUCCUUCUCAGAUGAAGGUUUACCCCCUCCUCCUGCGAAAUGGAAAGGCAGAUGUGAUUUCAAUGAAACCCACUGCAACAACAAGAUCAUCGGUGCAAGAAAUUUUGUCCCCUCCCGUAACGGUAGGCUGCCUUUCGAUGAGGAGGGGCAUGGAACUCACACUGCAAGCACAGCGGCUGGGAAUUUUGUGGAGGGCGCAAACGCAUUUGGGAUGGCCAAUGGAAUGGCAGUUGGGAUGGCGCCCCUAGCCCACUUGGCUAUCUAUAGGGUGUGUGCCAAUUCUUUAUGCCCUGAAACCACCAUAUUAGCAGGGAUCGACGCUGCAGUUUCUGAUGGUGUUGACAUUCUCUCACUGUCUCUGGGUGCACCGGAGCUCUCAUUUAUUAGAAGCGGGGUUGCCGUGGGAGCAUUCAGGGCAAUCCAGAAGGGAAUUUUCGUAACCUGCUCAGCCGGGAACCUAGGUCCAAUGAGAAAGACAUUGUCAAAUGAGGCUCCAUGGGUUCUGACCGUCGGGGCGAGCACUGUUGAUCGGACCAUAAGUGCCACUGUCCGGCUUGGGAAUGGGGCCGAGUACCAAGGCCAGUCUAUCUUCCAGCCACAGGACUUCUCCUCGAGAGCCCUGCCACUAGUUUAUGCAGGCGCAAACGGGGACUCUUCCUCGGCACGAUGUUAUCCUGGGUCAUUGAGAAACUCCGAUGUAAAUGGUAAGGUAGUCCUUUGUGAGAGAGGCAAGACAGGGAGAGUCGAGAAGGGGCAAGUAGUGAAGGAUGCCGGCGGCACUGCAAUGAUCCUAAUGAACGACUGGUCUAAUGGUUACAGCACCUAUGCAGACCCACAUGUUCUUCCAGCAACACAUGUAAGCUUUCACGCAGGUUUAAAGAUCCAAGCCUACAUUAACUCGACACUGAAUCCAACUGCCACGAUCCUAUUUGAGGGAACGAUCAUUGGGAACUCUUCGGCUCCAGCAGUGGCCUCUUUCUCAUCGAGGGGUCCAAACAAAAUUAGCCCUGGGAUCCUGAAACCUGAUAUUAUCGGCCCAGGAGUGAACAUCCUAGCUGCAUGGCCAAUUCCAAACUUCAAGGUCGAAUCCGGUACCUCAAUGUCUUGCCCUCACUUGAGCGGAAUUGCUGCUUUGCUCAAAAGCGCGCACCCUGACUGGUCCCCUGCUGUGAUCAAAUCAGCGAUCAUGACUACUGCCGAUAUCCUAACCCAUGACAAGAAACCAAUCCUGGAUAAAGACCUGCGUCCUGCAAACUACUUCGCCACAGGCGCGGGCCACGUUGCCCCAGCCAGAGCAAACCACCCGGGCCUCAUUUACGACAUCAUGCCAGACGACUAUAUCCCCUACUUGUGCGGAUUGGGAUAUAAGGAUGCUGAAGUUUCAGUCAUAGCUCAUAGAAACGUUGUGUGCUCACAAGUACCGAGCAUACCCGAGGCGCAGUUGAACUAUCCUUCCUUCAGUAUAGUUUUUGGCCUCAGCCCGCAAAAUUAUACGAGGACGGUAACAAAUGUGGGGCCUGCUAACUCAUCCUACACAUGUAAGAUUCAUGCUCCAGCUGGAGUCGAUGUCAAUGUGAGCCCAAGUGUGAUGACAUUCUCGGGGACACACCAGAUGGCUACAUAUACCGUGACAUUUAGCAAGAAGCCAGGCUCGAGCAAUGUGAAUCAAUACUCCCACGGAUCAUUGUUAUGGGUGUUGAAUCGGCGGCAUUUCGCCAGAAGCCCGAUUGCAGUCAGAUUUCAAUGAUUGCAAUUGUCAUCUGAGCUUUAAGAGAAAUCCAAUUUCUAUGGCUCUGAAGUUGAACAUAGGUUUUGUAUUCGGAUAAUACUUUUAAUUUUUUUUUCUUCUUUAAUAUAUUCUCUGUCUAGUUAUCAGGUGUUUUCUUUUUUCUCCUUGCCUGAUUUAAGCACAGCAUUUCAUUCAAGACAGCUCUUCACGGUCUUUAAACCUUGUCCAAGUCUAAGGAAGGGA